ACGAGCGGAGCCUAGGCUGGCUGAUUACGAGGCUGCACCUCGAGCGGGAGCGUUCGUCCUGUCGCCGCUCCAGUGCUGCCUUGCCCCGUCUGCCCGGCCCGUCCUGUCCACCGCCAUGGCCCAAGCUGAUAUUGCACUGAUUGGACUGGCUGUCAUGGGCCAGAACCUGAUUUUAAACAUGAAUGACCAUGGCUUUGUGGUGUGUGCUUUCAAUAGAACGGUCUCCAAAGUUGAUGAUUUCUUGGCUAACGAGGCAAAGGGGACUAAGGUGGUUGGAGCUCACUCCCUGGAGGAAAUGGUCUCCAAGCUGAAGAAACCCCGUCGGAUCAUCCUGCUUGUCAAGGCUGGCCAGGCCGUCGAUGAUUUCAUUGUGAAACUGGUGCCCUUGUUGGAAGCUGGUGACAUUAUUAUCGAUGGGGGGAAUUCAGAGUAUAGAGAUACCACAAGGCGGUGCCAAGACCUCAAGGCCAAAGGCAUCUUGUUUGUGGGAAGUGGUGUGAGUGGUGGCGAGGAUGGGGCCCGAUACGGGCCGUCUCUCAUGCCUGGAGGGAACAAAGAAGCCUGGCCCCACAUCAAGACAAUCUUCCAAAGCAUCGCUGCCAAAGUGGGCACUGGGGAGCCCUGCUGUGAUUGGGUGGGAGAUGAGGGUGCUGGUCACUUUGUCAAGAUGGUGCACAAUGGGAUAGAAUACGGAGACAUGCAGCUGAUCUGUGAAGCCUACCACCUGAUGAAAGAUGUCCUGGGCAUGGAGCAUGAUGAGAUGGCCAAGGUAUUUGAAGAAUGGAAUAAGACAGAGCUGGACUCCUUCCUGAUUGAAAUCACAGCCAAUAUCCUUAAGUUCCAAGACAGUGAUGGCCAGCACCUCCUGCCGAAGAUCAGGGAUAGCGCCGGCCAGAAGGGCACUGGCAAGUGGACGGCCAUCUCUGCGCUGGAGUACGGAGUCCCCGUAACCCUCAUCGGAGAAGCCGUCUUUGCACGAUGUCUUUCGUCUCUGAAGGACGAGCGGAUCCAAGCCAGCAAGAAGUUGGUAGGCCCCCCGAAGACUAAGUUUGGGGGUGACAAGAAGUUGUUCCUGGAGGACAUUCGAAAGGCCCUCUACGCCUCCAAGAUCAUCUCUUACACCCAAGGAUUCAUGCUUCUGCAUCAGGCAGCCAAGGAGUUCGGCUGGACGCUCAAUUAUGGUGGGAUUGCCCUCAUGUGGAGGGGAGGCUGCAUCAUCCGCAGCGUCUUCCUGGGGAAGAUAAAAGAUGCCUUUGACCGGAACCCCCAGCUCCAGAACCUUCUCCUGGAUGAUUUCUUUAAGACCGCCGUGCAGAACUGCCAGGACUCCUGGCGGCGGGCGAUCAGCACUGGCGUGCAGGCUGGCAUCCCCAUGCCCUGCUUCACCACCGCACUGUCCUUCUACGAUGGGUACAGACAUGAGAUGCUGCCUGCCAACCUGAUCCAGGCUCAGAGGGAUUACUUCGGGGCUCACACCUAUGAACUCUUAGCCAAACCAGGACACUUCAUCCACACCAACUGGACGGGCCAUGGGGGCAACGUGUCCUCCUCGUCCUACAAUGCCUGACCAGACUCUGUCUGCUGUCGGAAUUCCAGAGACCGAGGACAUUCCUGCCACCCUCCUCAGCUUGCACUGCAUUUGCUUCUGCCCAGAGCUCUGAAAAUCAUUGUUGUAGAGUCCGUACGGCGACUGCGGCGACCCCUCUCCUGCCCUCUGCCCUUGCUUCUUAGAGCUGUCUAGAAACUGAUCAUGGGAACAGCGGCUCUGCCCCGGGAGCAGGGUCCAUAAAGGCGGGAAACAGGCUCCUGGAGGGUAGCAACACAUCCGUCGUGGUUGGGAAAGGCUCUGACCAAACUGGAAUCCUUGUCUGUCUUACACAGGGGAAUGACCCUUCUUUUACCUUUUAAUAAAAACUCCAUUAUAUUUAUA